AUGGAACUCUCGAGACUGGAACAUUUAGAUAAGGAGAGUGGCAGGAGAAGCGAAGCUACCUUCCCUCAGGAGCUUGUAGAUGAUGAAGAUCGCCGGUUUGUGCGACUGAUCCUGAUGGAAAAAUGUGUUCUCGAUUACUCCAAGGAGGAUGGUGGUGAUUCGUUCGGGUCAGAAAUUUCGUCUUGUUACAGUGGUCCCAAAGAUUUGGAAGAAAUUUCGCGUGCUUUCGAUGAAAAAAUACCGUCCAACUUGAAACCUUUCUACGAUGAAGAGUGCAGCGUAUGGUGCCUUGGUCGUCCGCCUCAAACUGAUGAGUUGUUUGAAUUCAGGAUUGACCUUAUCGUGUGUCGAGGGAUACGUGAUCUCAUACCUGAAACGGGUGGACCUUGCAAUCCUGAAAAAUUUGUCCUGUUCACGCCCUUCUUGGGUGGAGUCACAAUCUCAAAUGUUCCUGAGUUAACGUCAAGUUCAACUGUUCUGAUUGAUCGCAUUCUUUUCAAAUGCUGCGUUGCUGGGAACCUCGCAGAGUACCUACGCAAAUGUGACGGAUACGUGCCGUUGUAUUUCGCCUAUUUGGAUGUCGCCUUGGCGUUCGUCAAAAUUAAUGUUGAAUUGGAGAUUUCUGGCGAUUUUGAAUCGCAGUGGGGAACUAUGCUUUAUGGAUUUCAGCCAAGUUUCAUGUUCGCUCCUUCUGUGGCCGGUAUAGUCAGAAUUAAGAAAAUCAAGGGAGACCAUGCAUUUGAAACCCCACGUGGUUCUCUCAGAAAUGAGUUGCUCAACAACUCAAAGGCGGUUGUGGAACCAAAAACGUGUAUCGUGGAAAACCGAAUUUCUAGUGAUUUGUUCGAAGGGAAUACCCUGGAAUCGCAUCAGUGUGAAUUUAGAUUGAGAAUGGAAGGCUUACGAAUGCCUUCCUCAGUAACUUCACAAGAUAUUAUAGCCUCUUUCUGGUAUCCGUUGUUCGGAUUUAAAGAACACUACACAGAGAUUGGGAGCAUGCGAGCUGAGCAUGGAUCAGAAAAAGCUCUUUCCACGAUCUUCUCAGCUCCGACGAAAUUUAUCGUUGAAGCUUUUUUGGAGUAUCCUCUCACCGUGAAGCUUUAUCGUGCGGGCGACGUGAAAAACUGCGUUGGGUUUGCUAAAGUUCAGUUGAGAUCUCUCUUCGAUAAGCCCGAAGCAAUUGUGAAGAUCCAGGAACAAAACGUUCUGCGAAAUGAGUGCUUCGUGAAAGCGAUGGUGAAAAGUAUGGACAGUUCGACAAUUGUGGGUUAUCUGGACUUGUGGCUGUGUUUGGAUGAUUUAGGCUCUAUUCCUGUAUCGCCUGGAAGAAUUCGUAGGGAUACUUACGUGGUGAAUAAAGUGGAGUUCUCCAAACAAAAUGUGGUUGAUAUUCCUCGUAACAAGAAUCAGGCAAUGGCGUUGCAGAAUCUUCAGACUGCAAAUCAGAGAUUGAAGAAAGAAGCUGAAAUUCUGAAGAAAAAAAUGCAAGAUCUGGAAACUGCCCACAAAUCUCAAAUCGAGAAGAGAGGCAAAGACGCUGAACGACUUGCGGAAUUGUCCUCCAAGGUGACGUCGUUGAGAAAGUUGAACAAAGAAAAGCAUUUGAGAAUGAAGCAACUUGAACUUGAGCUUCAAACUUCAUCGACGCAGAGCGAUAUUUUGAAAAGACAAAUUUCUCAGCUUGAACGAGAACUCUCAGACCUAAAAGAAAUGCCGAAGAUUGUUGCUGUUCAGAUACAAGAUGCUCUUUUGUCUGCUCAUGAGAAAAAGGAAGCGCUAGAGAUCGAAAUGAUCUCGCUUCAGCAUGAAAACAAAAAGUUGAAGGAUACGAUCGAUUCGUUGAAUGCCCAGCUACAAGAGAGAGAUUCAGCGCGCGAUGAUGAAUUACUGCUUGCCAGGCGAAACCUGCAUUUCUCAAAGCAAGCGCUUAUUGCUCAGGAAGCGAGUUUUUUCGCCAAAGAGGAGUCAAGAUUAUUGGAAGGCAUUAGGAAAGAUAUUCACCAAUAUUUCAAAUCAACGUCGGGAACAAAUGGCGAACAGUAUUUGGAGGAGUUGCCAUCUCCAGAAGUUCAAUUGUUAGAAGAAGAACUCAAAACUUUGAUGGGAUCCGGACUUUAUUCCUCACGUGAUGCCGUCAUUAUCAAACUCAGAUCAGCGAUUGCGGAAGCCAGACGAACGUUUUAGUUUUAUAAUGAAAGGAAUUUAUUUUUAAUUUUUAAACGA